GUCAAGUGUGUUCUUGCAUUGCAGUGCUGCUAUCAUCUUGUCACCCCAACUUUUUGAUCCCUUGGGUGCAAAAUAUGUUUUCUUCGGAAACGUGCCGAGCAGAUGAGCUGCUUCUCGUGAGGAGGAUUGUUGCAUCGCGCCCCACUGUCGCGGACGAGCUGGCUGAAAAGCUGACGACGAAUGUUCAAGCCGCACCAAGCCCUGCAAAGCUCCGUUGCUUAGGCAACAUCGCCAGGCUGAUGCCAAAGGAGAAACUUAAGGUCAUGUGUGAGAUGCUCCGAUCUAUCCUGCGAUCGGACAGCUUUGAUGCAGCUACCCGGGCAGAGGCUUGGGCUGUACAUGCCUGGUGCUGCGAGCGGCUAGGUGACGUCUCCAAUUUCCGUGUUGGCAUGCGCUAUGCCAUCAAAUACUUCGACAAGUCGGACGUCAUGGGCACUCGAGUCGCUCUAGUACUAUCCAGAGUCGGAGGUGCUCUCUUCGAAGGGAGUGCUGGUGCGAUCGAGGGUCUUUGCUGCGCGACCUGGCCGUUGAGGGCAGCUGGGCUUGCUGCGGCAGCGAGGGCUAUGUCAGAGGAUGCUCCAGCAGCGGUCCGUCAAGUGUCGCGCACCGCCGUAUCCGCCUUCGAUGAGGGUUUCAUUGCCCAGUCGGAUCGCCUGGAAGUGCCAUCAAAAAGACGAAGGCUGUUGCAGUGCCUGGUUAAUUUGCCCGACAAGUUCGACAAGGCAGAAGGGGAGGAGGAUAUUUCACACUUGUGUGAACUGUCUUUGUCCAAGAUCAAGUCUUGGCAGUCUUGGCUCCAGUCACCGGUGUGA